GACCAUCCCUAACUGCAGCCCAGACAAGGCCUGGCCACUGCCCUGCAGGGGCUGUGCGCCUCCGGCCCAGCUUAGGCACCACAGCAUGCAGCCCCACGAGAGCAGUGUCCACUACAGCAAGUGGGACGACAGCAGCAGGGACGAGGUCAGCAUGGCUGCUGUGUCCAGCACAGAAGAGGCCUCCUGUGGCAGGAGGGUCGCCCAGAAGCUGUGCUCAGGCAGGCUGGGGAUUGCCAUGAAGGUGCUGGGCGGAGUGGCCCUCUUCUGGGUCACCUUCAUCCUGGGCUAUGUCACAGGCUACUACGUGCACAAGUGCAAAUAAAGGCUGCCCCCCUCGCAGCCAGGCUGACCACAAA